AUGGGAGCUAUAAUAUCGCUUCCCGUAACAGCAGCGGCUUCCUUCUUUGCGUCCUUCUUUGGUUCGCUCUCAUCCACUGUGUUAGUAUCUUCCUUCAAGUCCCUUAGUGGAGGUUCCAGCUCUUUGGCAACGAGAUUAAAUUAUGCUGCGCUCCUACUAGUGAACUCUCUGGUUUCGUGGUUCUCCUUGUCAUCAAACUACUCAUUCUUAUGGUCUAAUAAGACGUGUACCUCGACGGGUGAAUGUGGCUUCUUCACCGUCCACCGACUCAACUUCUCGCUAGGCAUGCUGCACUUGUUGUUAUCCUCAAUGCUGGUGAAUGUGAAAUCAACAACAGAUCGCAGAGCUUCCUUGCAAAACUCGUGGUGGCUCCUGAAACUGUUGGUAUUUGUUCUUCUAGUCGUGCUUUCCUUUACGAUUCCGAACCGCUUCUUCGUUUUUUUUUCCAAAUGGGUAUCCGUCCCCUCUGGCUCACUGUUCAUCCUUAUAGGGCUGGUGCUGCUAGUAGAUUUUGCUCAUGAAUGGGCCGAAAGGUGUAUACAACACGUUGAAAUGGAGGAUGAGAAUUCCUCCAAGUGGCAAAAGUUCCUGAUUAUUGGCACGAGUUUAAUGUAUAUCGGGGCUCUAGGUAUGACAGUUGCGAUGUAUGUGAUAUUCGCGCGUGAUAACUGCACCAUGAACCAGGUGUCAGUGACCGUUAAUCUACUGCUUAGUAUCAUUACUACAGGGCUUUCGGUACAUCCAAAAGUUCAAGAAUACAACCCAAAGUGCGGUCUUGCUCAAAGCAGUAUGGUUGCCAUCUACGGGACUUACUUAACAAUGAGUGCUUUGGCUUCCGAACCUGAUGACAAACAGUGCAACCCUUUUGUAAGGUCUGACAAGACACGAAAAUUAAGCGUUGUCCUAGGAUCUCUUUUCACCUUCGUUGCAAUUGCAUACACCACUACUAGAGCUGCUGCGAAUUCCGCCUUCAAUUCAAAUGACCAGCAUAUUUUCCUAGAUGGAGACGAUGAUAUUGAAUAUGAGGGAGUUAGUCAAACUAGAAACCAAUUGCGGUCCGAGGCCAUUAGACAGGCUGUUGAUGAGGGUGCAUUACCCGAAAGUGCUCUUCACGAUACAGCCUGGGCUAACAACUCUGCAGGAGAAAGUGGCGACGACGAGCGCAUCGCAACGCGAUACAACUAUUCUCUGUUCCACAUAAUCUUUUUCCUGGCUACACAAUGGAUAGCUAUUCUACUUACUGUUAAUGUGACCAAGGAUGAUGUCGGAGAUUUUAUUCCGGUAGGCAGGACCUAUUUCUACUCUUGGGUCAAAAUAGUUAGCGCCUGGAUUUGCUAUGGUCUUUAUGGUUGGACUUUAGUGGCACCAAUGGUUUUACCGGACAGGUUUGGGUAUGAUGCAUAUGAAUAG